AUCCAAUAUGUUACGUUAUUUUCAAUUUGACGAAUCAAGCUUCCUGCAACCUUUCAUGUUUUUAAAAAAAAAUUUGCAAACAUCCAUGUUUUCGUUGUCUUUAUAAAACUAACACUUAAAAGUCUUCUUAAUGAGCUAAACCCAAAAACUCAGUCUCUGUCUUCUCUUUCAUUGUUUUGCUUCUUUCUCACGCUUACCCUAGGCUUUUGGGGGUAUUCAGCUUCUCGUUCUUGAUCUUGGAGAAUGACUUCCCCAAACGAAAACGACCAAGUUUCCAUUCCAGAAGCAACAUCUCGUGCUCACACCAGGGCUUUCAAUUUCAAGAACCGUAGCGUUUCCCUCUCAAAUUCAACUUAUUACAUUGAUGGAUGUGACAACUCAAAGGUGGCUUUGGGCUACACAGUCCCAAUUCGAACACAGAGAAGACCACCUGGUCCUCUUUACUCUACUCCCAGACCUGAGUCUCACUUUCCUCCUUCUAUUGAACCUCCUGAUUCCUCCUCUACCGUUGAUGUUCGAUCUGAAGACGAAUCCGUAUUGGAAAAUGCAAAUAUCUUGAAAUCUGGACAACUAGGGAUGUGUAAUGAACCUUACUGUACCACUUGUCCUUCUUACUACAGCCACCAAUCUGCUAAUUUUCAUACUUCCAAAGUUUCUGACUCUAGGUUCCACACUGUUCUGUAUGAUGAUGCUAGAGGUUGGGCUAAGCGAUUUGCUUCCUGUGUUCGUAGAUGCGUGCCUGGAAUCAUGAAUCCUCAUUCCAAAUUCGUUCAAGUCUGGACUAGAUUCUUAGCCUUUUCAUGCUUGAUGGCUAUUUUUAUAGAUCCCACCUUCGUCUUCCUCUUAUUAAUCCGACAUGACAACAAAUGUAUAGAGAUUGAUUGGCCUAAGACUACCGUACUGGUGUCUCUUAGAAGUAUGUUUGAUCUUAUAUUCUUCAUUAACAUUCUGCUUCAGUUUCGAAUGGCCUAUGUAGCUCCUGAGUCUAGAAUAGUUGGUGCUGGCCAGUUAGUUGAUCAUCCAAGAAAAAUUGCUCGCAAUUACUUGCGAGGCAAAUUUUUUCUUGACUUGUUCAUAGUGUUACCCAUUCCACAGAUAAUGACAUUAUCGAUAUUACCAGCACACUUAGGCACAUCCACAGCAGGAUUUGAGAGAAACAUUAUACGCAGCACAUUUAUAGUACAAUACAUUCCAAAGUUAUAUAGGCUUCUUCCUCUUCUUGCUGGCCAAACACCGACAGGCUUCAUAUUUGAGUCGGCUUGGGCAAGCUUUGUUAUUAAUCUUCUAACCUUCAUGCUUGCUGGUCAUGCUGUUGGAUCUUGCUGGUAUUUUUCAGGAAUUGAGAGAGUAAAAAAGUGUCUGUUGUAUGCGGCUUGGAAUAACUCGGUGGAUGAACGUAGGAACCUUAUAGAUUGUGCUCGUGGGAACAUCUACGCAUCUGCGUCACUACGAGCUCGCUGGAGAGAUAGUGACAGUGUCAAUGCUUGUUUUCAAGAGAGUGGCUUUUCGUAUGGCAUAUAUGCGAAGGCAGUCAAUCUUACUAGUCAUUCUAGUAUCUUCACACGAUUCAGUUACUCACUGUUUUGGGGAUUCCAGCAAAUAAGCACGCUUGCUGGAAACCUAUCACCAAGUUACUCAGUGGGGGAGGUUUUCUUUACAAUGGGCAUCACUGGACUAGGCCUUUUGCUUUUUGCGAGGCUCAUUGGUAAUAUGCACAACUUCCUUCAAGCUCUUGAUCGAAGGAGGAUGGAAAUGAUGCUGAGACGGCGUGACGUGGAGCAGUGGAUGAGCCAUAGACUGUUGCCAGAAGAUAUAAGAAAGAGGGUGCGAGAGGCAGAGCGGUUCAACUGGGCAGCGACUAGAGGAGUUAACGAGGAGUUUCUCUUUGAGAAUAUGCCUGAAGAUCUCCUGAGAGAUAUAAAACGUCAUCUCUUCAAAUUUCUCAAGAAGGUGAGAAUAUUCUCGCUGAUGGAUGAAUCAAUCUUGGAUUCAAUACGUGAGAGGCUGAAACAGAGAACGUACAUAAGUAGUAGCACGGUGUUGCACCGCAGAGGUCUAGUUGAGAAAAUGGUAUUCAUAGUGAGAGGUGAGAUGGAGAGCAUUGGACAAGACGGUUCUGUUCUUCUUUUAUCAGAAGGUGAUGUUUGUGGUGAAGAGCUUCUCACUUGGUGCCUCGAACGCUCUUCUGUAAACCCUGAUGGGAGGAGCAUAAAGUUGCCGCUAAAGGGGUUGGUUAGCAACAGAAGUGUUAGAUGCGUGACAAACGUAGAGGCGUUUUCGCUGAGUGUAGCAGAUCUUGAAGACGUAACGAGCUUGUUCUCAAGAUUCCUACGGAGCCAUCGAGUGCUAGGGGCCAUAAGAUACGAGUCUCCGUAUUGGAGGCUAAGAGCAGCUACGCAAAUACAAGUGGCUUGGAGAUACAGAAGGAGACGACUUCACAGAUUAUACACUGCUCAGUCAACUUCCCGCCGAUAGAUUUUAUUGCACUCUUUAUUUGUUAAUUGUGAUAAUUUGAUGAUAUUUUAGUUAGGAAAUUCAAAUAUAAAGCUUAAUGUUUUUAUUCAGUAGUGAUAUUUAAGUGAAAUAAUUCUGUUUAAUAAGAUACUAUUUAUUCCAA